CAGUGUCAUGAUACUAUGGGUUGCGUGGUGAACUCUACGGGACCAGAACUGCUAUUACAACUGGAGGCUUUGAGAUCAACCGCUCAACAACUUGCCCAACUUUAUCACCUCUCGGGAAAGAAAAAGAUAUAUUAUAAAGCUAUUAAAGAUAUUGAAAUAGGGGAGGAGUUACUGGUUUACAUGAAGGACGGAGUUUUCCCCGAGGGCUCAAUGGCACCGAACCUGGAAGAUGAGCAGAUGUAUCGCUGUGAACACUGUGACGAGCUCUUCACCUCAAAGCUGGAGUUACGGCGGCAUCAGAAAUACUCCUGCAGUACCAGCAACUCCAUCUUUGACUCUCUAAGCGACUUUAAACAGGAGCGCGAAGACAGCGAUGAGAUGGUGCACGAGUGCAAAGACUGUGAAAAGAUCUUCCCUAGCGAGUACAGUCUCGGGCAGCAUAUGAUCGUACACACAGAGGAGAGAGAAUAUAAGUGUGACCAGUGCCCCAAAGCAUUCAACUGGAAAUCCAACCUCAUUCGUCAUCAGAUGUCACAUGACAGUGGCAAGCGCUUUGAGUGUGAAAACUGUGACAAGGUGUUCACAGACCCCAGCAACCUCCAGCGGCACAUCCGCUCCCAGCACGUCGGGGCCCGAGCCCACACCUGCCCUGAGUGUGGCAAGACCUUUGCCACCUCCUCAGGCCUCAAGCAGCACAAGCACAUACACAGCAGUGUCAAGCCUUUCAUCUGUGAGGUGUGUCACAAAUCGUAUACCCAGUUCUCUAACCUGUGCCGUCACAAACGGAUGCAUGCAGACUGCCGCACUCAAAUCAAGUGCAAAGACUGCGGGCAAAUGUUCAGUACUACCUCGUCCCUCAACAAGCAUCGACGCUUUUGUGAGGGCAAGAACCAUUAUAACCCCGGAGGCAUAUUCACAUCGGGCAUACCAAUGACCUCCAGUCCCAUGUUAGGCAAGUCGAAGUCUCAUCCAGGCCUGAAUCAUGCUGGACUUGGCUUUGGGGAUUACUUCCCAUCUAGGCCCCAUCAUGCAGGGCUUCCCUUUUCCCCAGGGCCCCCAGCAUUCCCAGCCAUGUCCCACGGCUUCCCAGGGAUCUUUCCACCAUCACUAUAUCCUAGACCUCCGUUGUUACCCCCUAGUCCACUGCUAAAGAGCCCGCUUAGUAACAGUCAAGAUGGUAAGUUGCCUCCUCUUGACGCUCCUACACUUUCUAUGGUCUCAUCCAUGAGCAACAGCAAUGGCAAUGUUGGAAGUGGCCUCAGCAGUCUGUUGGAAGAGAAUCGAGAGUCCAAAUUGGACUUGUCAUUUCCAGACAACAAGAAUAAAGUGAAGAUGAAUGACAUGUCUGAUGGCAGUGACUUGGAAGAUGUGAACACAUCCAGUGGUACGGAUCUAGACACCACCACCGGCACGGUGUCUGGAUCCGACCUAGAAAGUGAGGCAGAGAGCGAACGGGACAAGAGUAGAAGGAAACCGGUGCAGGAGAGCAAGCAGGAUGAAGUCAGUAGCAGUUCAUUGUCGGUCUCCAGUUCAGGGAACCUCCCUUGUGAGCGCCCUUUCCUCUCCUCACAGCAUUCCUUCUUCCCACCUCCAGAAGAGCAAGCACUUCCACCCUCCGGUGCCACCACUGACUCCAUUAAAGCCAUCGCCUCCAUUGCAGAAAAAUAUUUUGGCCCAGGCUUCAUGGGCUUGCAGGAGAAGAAGAUGGGCUCGUUGAACUACCAUUCCAUGUUCCCUUUCCAGUUUCUGCCCAACUUCCCACACUCAUUGUACCCCUUCACAGACAGAGCACUCAAUCCUGGCAUGUUCUUCAAACCUGAGCCCAAAUCUCCUCGUGAGCAAAUACAAAAAUUACCUUCAGCCACUGCAGAUUCACCCUUCGACCUUACCACCAAACCCAAGGAGGUCAAACCUCUUCCUCCGCAUCCUAGCAAGCCAGCCUUGCCAUCCAAUGCUUUCCUGGCCCCAGGCGAGGAGCAACCUCUGGACCUUAGUAUAGGGAGCCGAAGCCGAGCCAGCCAGAAUGGUGGCACACCUGAACAGCGCAAGAAUCAUGUCUACAUCGCAAACUGCAAAUCUGCUAAAGACGAGCAUCCAGCCCUAACUCAUUCCCAGAACAUGCACCAGCCCCAGAUGCCUCAGCCACAAGCAUCCCUCCCCCAGCCACCUCCUCCCCAGCAGCAGCCGUCACUCCACUAUGCCAAGCCCUCACCAUUCUUCAUGGACCCCAUCUACAGGGUGGAGAAGAGGAAGCUAUUAGACCCAGUAGGAGCUCUAAAGGAGAAAUACCUGAGGCCGGCACCACUACUCUUCCAUCCUCAGGUGUCUGCCAUGGAAAACAUGACUGAGAAGUUGAAAAGCUUUAGUGCUCUGAAACUGAAUGCUCCCAAUUCCCUCCAGCACUCCUCACACCACCUCUUUAACUUCCGCUCCCCACCUCCCUCUCUCUCCGAUGCUAUCUUACGCAAAGGCAAGGAGCGAUACACCUGCAGGUACUGUGGGAAAAUCUUUCCCAGGUCAGCUAAUCUUACAAGGCACUUACGAACACACACAGGAGAACAGCCAUACAGAUGUAAAUACUGUGACCGAUCGUUCAGCAUCUCCUCCAACCUCCAGCGACAUGUUCGUAACAUUCACAACAAGGAAAAACCUUUCAAGUGCCACCUUUGCAAUCGCUGCUUCGGUCAACAGACUAAUCUGGACCGCCACUUAAAGAAACAUGAACAUGAGAAUAUUCCAGUGAGUCAGCAGUCUGGGAUCCUCUCGAAUUUAGGAACAACUAUUUCCUCACCGAACUCUGAGUCUGACAAUCAUGCACUUUUGGAUGAGAAGGAGGACUCAUAUUUCUCAGAGAUCAGGAACUUCAUCUCCAACAGUGAAAUGAACCAGGCAUGCAGCUCCUCAGAGAAAAGGACAGAGCUGACAGAAGAAGAGCAUCCUCAGAGUCACACUCUCACUGCCUCCAAACUGGAGGAGGAAGAAGAGGAGAUGGAGGGAGACGAUGAAGAUGAGGAAGGCUCUUUGACAGAAAAGUCACAGGAUGAGACGGCUUCUCCCGCCACUAUGGUGCAGGGCACUUACGAGGACGAAGAGGAACCGACCCCUCUCCCGAUGUCUUACGAAAACACGGGCAGGUGUAUUGAGGAGGAUGCAGGCCUAUUAGAUCUGGAACCUCUGGCUGGUUUCCCCAAAAACCUGGAAUUCCAUAAAGCUGGCGAGGAGCCCUAUGACAUUAAAGACAUUUUUAGCACCUCGGUAGAGUCGGAGGUGCUGAAAGAAACUCUAUUCAGACAGGCUAAAACCCAGGCUUAUGCAAUGAUGCUCUCUCUGUCUGAGAACAACAAUCUGCACGCACCCUCCCAGAACUCCUUGGAUGCUUGGCUCAACAUGGGAGGAGGGUCUUCAGAAACGAGCUCCUUUCACCCCCUCAACAACAUCUGAGAACACGAACAAUGCAAAAGAGAAGUCAGAAAUGAAAGGAGAAAGAUAGAGAGGAAGAAAGAGCUUGUGAAGACCAAUGAUGCCACAGUCGAUCCACCACUAUGUGCGUAAGAAAGGAAGGGCUGUAGAGAUAGCAGACCGCACUGUUGAGUGAAACAGACACAGGAUCCAGUCACAGAUGGGAGAUUUUUAUUCCACAGCUGAACAACAGGAAUCAAAUCAUCAAUUCCCAGCUAAACACAUUUUCGGUCUAAAACUAGACACAAUAGUGAUGUUCUCUCCUCAGCAGCUCAAAACCAGAGGGGAUACUGCAUUUGAAUGACUCAAAAAAUCACCUCGUUUUCAAUUAUAUGCAUUCAACAGACACUGCUAUCAAGGCUUAUAUGGUUUAUCAAACACACAAAAAAUCCAUGUUCACGUAGAAGCCCGCGCUGUGUUGGGUGGUGGACAUUUCAACAGUUUCUAUACAGCGUUCCAUCCUCAAGUUGCUCUUGUUCAAAGGUUUCCUUUAAAUGAACUCACAGCUGAAGUCUUAGGUCAUUAGAGUACAAAUAAACAUUCAUUUUAAUGGCAAUAGAAGCACUUAAGCCCAUAACUAGCAUGCUAACUUCGCCCUGAGGCUGACCGCCAUUUGAACGCCACCAUCAAAAUGUCUAUGCUGGAAGUCACUGGGAUACGUUGUGACUUUUUUGUUUAAGCCACACACUUUUGAGUCGUCCCUUCAACCGUAAGAGCAGGCACAUGUUCACGCGAUAUAUCACGCAGCAUGGUUGUUCAAAGUGUAUAGCAUCAUUGUCAUUGUAAUUAUCGUUAUGGUUCGUAUUUUAGCUGUAUAAAGGCCUUUAGACCAAACUGAAAGUUUGUUUUAAAGAGUUAAAUUAUUCUCCAGUGGGGGUAAUUGGAAUAUCUUUCCUCCUUCGUAUUGAAUUCAAUAAUAUUAUACAUUAUUUGUAUGUGAUUUGCUCCUCAGUAAACAGUAUUGUUUCUUUUCAGGCACAUCUGUGCUUAAAUGUUAAUAUAAAUAUUUAGUGAAGGACCAAAUUUGUACAAUAUUGUUGUAUGAUGUACAAAAUAAGUUAACAGUUCGUAGCAGAGAGUGUUGUGUGCCAAAUAACCCCCUUUCCUUUGACAAUCAUUGAGUGAUCGCCUCCACUGUUAGUAGUUUUUCCUCUGUUGUUGAUUACUUAGAUUGAUGAGUGUUUGCCUUUUAUUUAUUUUUAAUUUGUAUUUUUUGUUUGAUUUUUGGAAUAAUGAAAAAUGAAGAAGAAAAAAAAAAAACGUUUUACCCACUCUUUUGAAGGAAUGAAAUUACUGAAAUAUUUCAUCACAGAGCAACAAGUUUGCCAAUAUAAGUGUUUCAUUUAUCAGCACGUAAGACAUUAAAUGUGUCUAUGAAAUCUGGUUUAUGAUACAUCUGUUCAGCCAUUUAGAAAUGUAGAAAAUGUGUGAUUUAAAAAAGAAAAUGGUUGGCAUCCUUGAAUCAAAUGUUUUGAUUAAAACAUCAGGUUACUCAAAAAGAGGGGCAUUAUAUGUUGACCUUUUUACACAGUCAAACAUCAAACAUCAUCAUAAAGACAGUGCAGUGAUUCAACCAGUAUAUCUGAUUCAAAGUGCACGUUUCAAAUGUCCCAUUUGUUUGGAAAGAGCCAUUUUCAUCAGGUGGUCAUAAAUAUCACAAACAAUAAGCAUUUGCAUCAACUACAUUUGAACAGUCACCGAAAAGACACCACAACUGAGGCCACAUCCACGCAAACCCGUUUUCGGUUUCCAACGUUGUUGUUUUCCAAAGUAUGCGGUAAUGUAGAGCGUUUUCGAAAUGCUCCAUUUUUGGUGGAGGAAAACGCCGUUUGAAGCAUAGAAUUAGCAUAACCAAUGCGUUUACCAACGAAAACGUAUUUUAGUGUGGAUGUGGCCUGAGAGGGCCACAAAGGGAUCGCCAUCAAAUGGUGAGCAGCCACAGUUAACGUUCAUAAGAACAGAGCUUUCUGAGAGACACCAGACCCAUGAAUACACGUUUGAGUCCUCAUCUAACUCCUCUGAACUGUGAAGCCAGCGAAUGAAUCGUAAACAACUGAAUGCAUAUUUAUGAAUGUGUAGAGUAGAUUUAAAAUGUAGGUUAUAAGGCAAACUUCCUCUGAAAGUUACCUUCUCGUGAAUGUCUUUUUGGGGACUUUUUUGGUCAGGAAUUUAUACCUUUACUACUACUCUCCUCACAGCCUUCUGUUGGGAUUUUUAAAGACUUUAAACACUACCCAGAGAGCACCACAUACUCUGGAAUCAUAGAGCCCACCCUUGUCAUACCUAACACAUACUGCCUAGAUCAUGAUUUACAUAUGAGCUCUUAUAUUAGUACUGGUUUUAAUGUCAUUUUUGAAGCAAGGCUGGUUUUAACAAGCACUUUAAAUCAUAGGUCAAAAACUGCAAAGAAUAUUCAAGCUUUGUCGGAAGAACUUGUCAUUCAGGAACAUUAGGAAUACUCUAUUUCUACGGCAGACACAAACCACACCAGAUGCAUUUUACUGGCCGGGAAUUUUCUGGAUCACACAGUGAAACAACUUGGAGCACCAGGUGGCGCUCUGUAUCUUCUUACCCUAUUUCAUACUGUAUCGUCUCACUAUGUCAUUUACUCAGACCCUUGAGAAAGAAGUCUUGUUUGAUGCAUAGAAAUGCUGGGGAUGCAAUGGAAUUGUGAGUUUGGAGAGAGUCAUGUCACAUACUACUGUACUUAGCAAGCGCUGUAGAUGGAGAAGAAAGUGACCCACAUUGUUAAAAUUAUCAUGGACAAAUGGUCAAACAAUGAACUGAGUUAUUAUUCUUGACCCACUGUUACAUCAAAAACAAAUGUAUAAUAUCGAAAACCAUAGAUUACAUGGUUUCUUAAAAAAAAAAAAAGUGUAUAGAAUUAAAAAAAAAUGAAUAAGAAUGAUGACAUUGCAUAUGUCCGAAACUUCACUUAAAACAUGGGUUUGGAAAUACAUGGUGCUUGUUUAAUUUGGAUCUUUGGAGUUGUAUAUUGCUUCUGUUAUGUUUAUUAAAAGAUAUUGUGCAUGAUUUGUGUUUUAGAGGUCAUAAUGGUGUCCAUUUGUGAAAUGUGUAUCUUAAAUUAAAAAGUAAAAAAAAUAAAAAAAA